CCUGGAGAGCGCGCGCGCCUAACAACAGCAUUUAAGUAUAGACAGGGCGAAUGCGCGUGUAGAUCUCAAUGUUAGUUUGAUACAGGACCAAGAGUACUUCAUGCCUCCCGCUCUAACCGUGUAUGCAUCAAGUGAUCUGGAGUUUCUCUAUAGGAACUGCUAAUCUGAUCCGCGUCUUUCUGUGGAAGCUGCAAUCGACGCACCUUUGACUGCUUUAAAACGGAGUUAACCAUGCCUGCCGAAAACAGCGACCAGGAGAGCAUGCUGAGCUAUCAGAGGCCUGAUGAGGAAGCUGUGGUGGACCAUGGUGGCACCAGCUCAGUUCUGAAUAUCCAUUAUGAGAAAGAAGAGCUAGAGGGUCACAGGACUCUGUUUGUGGGUGUGCGGAUGCCCAUGGGCAGACAGUCUCAUCGUCAUCACCGGCCACACAGUUCCAAACACCGCAGGAGAGCUGAGAGGACGCGGGCUGGAACUGUAGCUCAAGAAGACAUGAACACAGAAAGUACCGCAACAUCACACGAUACUCCAUCUCAGAGGGUUCAGUUUAUUCUGGGCACUGAAGAGGAUGAGGAGCAUGCAGCACAUGACCUCUUCACAGAACUUGAUGAAAUCUGUGUUAAAGAUGGCAAAGACGCAGAGUGGAAGGAAACUGCUAGGUGGUUGAAGUUUGAGGAGGACGUGGAAGAUGGAGGGGAAAGGUGGAGUAAGCCGUACGUAGCUACACUGUCUCUCCAUAGUCUGUUUGAGCUACGGAGCUGUAUCAUUAAUGGAACUGUCCUUUUGGACAUGAAGGCCAGCUGCAUUGAGGAAAUUGCAGAUUUGGUGCUUGACCAUCAGGAGGCAGCUCAUGAACUGGAUGACAGUGUGAGAAUGAAGGUUCGAGAGGCACUUCUGAAGAGGCAUCACCACCAGAGUGACAAGAAGAGGAACAACCUGCUGCCAAUGGUCAAAUCCCUCACUGACUCAGGCAGGAGACAGAGUGAACCUCAUCAUAUGGACAAGGCGGGUCCUGCUACUUCUCCCCAGCCUCCACCUACAAACCCAGAUAUAAAGAAUGGAGCACCGGAUAAUAGCCAGAUGGAUCUCACCAAGGUGGACACACAUUUCAUGAAGAAGAUCCCCACUGGAGCAGAAGCUUCCAAUGUGCUGGUUGGGGAGCUGGACUUUUUAGAAAGGUCCAUCGUUGCAUUUGUUCGCCUGUCUCCUGCUGUACUGCUCACGGGGCUCACUGAAGUUCCCAUUCCCACUAGAUUCUUGUUCAUUUUGCUUGGUCCUGAUGGAAAAGCCCAACAGUACCAUGAGAUCGGUCGCUCCAUGGCCACCAUCAUGACCGAUGAGAUUUUCCACGAUGUUGCAUAUAAGGCCAAGGACAGAAGUGAUUUGUUGGCCGGUAUAGAUGAGUUUCUGGAUCAAGUGACAGUUUUGCCUCCAGGAGAAUGGGACCCUUCUAUACGCAUAGAACCUCCUAAAAGUGUCCCAUCACAGGAGAAAAGAAAGAUGCCAGGAGUGCCGAAUGGAACAGCUGUUCCUGUUGAGGAAGAGCAGCAUGGAGAACACCAUGGACCAGAGCUACAAAGAACAGGAAGGCUGUUUGGAGGACUGAUUCUGGAUGUGAAAAGAAAAGUUCCAUUUUAUUUGAGUGAUUUUAAAGACGGUCUGAAUUUGCAGUGUGUAGCUUCUUUUCUGUUUCUGUACUGUGCCUGUAUGUCACCUGUUAUCACGUUUGGAGGACUUCUGGGAGAGGCUACAGAAGGACGCAUUAGUGCCAUUGAGUCUCUUUUAGGAGCAUCUAUGACUGGAGUAGCAUACUCUCUGUUCGCUGGACAGCCACUUACUAUACUUGGCAGCACUGGACCUGUCCUCGUGUUUGAAAAGAUUCUCUUCAAGUUCUGCAAAGACUACGAUCUCUCGUACCUAUCCCUGCGCACUUGUAUUGGUCUGUGGACUGCUUUCCUGUGUCUGAUUCUUGUGGCAACGGAUGCCAGCUCCUUGGUCUGUUACAUUACACGUUUCACAGAGGAAGCGUUUGCUGCACUGAUAUGUCUUAUCUUCAUUUACGAAGCACUAGAGAAACUUUUCCAUCUUGGAGAACUGUACCCAAUCAACAGACAUGCCGAUCUAGACAAACUGACACUGGCCUACUGUUGGUGUGCAGAGCCUGAUAACCCCAGUAAUAAAACACUAGAACUGUGGAAUCAGAGGAACAUCACAGCCUCUGCAGUGCCAUGGAGCAACUUCACUGUAUUGGAGUGUUUAGAUCUCCAGGGGCAGUUUAUUGGAUCGGCGUGUGGACACCAUGGUCCCUACACUCCUGAUGUGCUCUUCUGGUCAUCCAUCUUGUUUUUUAGUACCUUUUUCCUGUCUACCUUCCUGAAACAGUUCAAGACUAGCAGAUACUUCCCAACACGGGUAAGGUCAAUGAUCAGUGAUUUUGCUGUGUUCCUCACCAUUGUUCUCAUGGUCCUGAUGGAUUAUUUAAUUGGAGUUCCAUCCCAAAAAUUACAAGUGCCCAGCAACUUCAAGCCCACGCGUGAUGACCGUGGUUGGUUUAUUAACCCUAUCGGCCGAAACCCAUGGUGGACUGUGCUGGCUGCCUUAAUACCAGCUCUUCUCUGCACCAUCCUCAUCUUCAUGGACCAACAGAUCACCGCCGUCAUAAUAAACCGCAAGGAACACAAACUGCUAAAAGGCGGCGGGUACCAUUUGGAUCUUCUGAUGGUUGGAGUGAUGCUGGCUGUAUGUUCCAUAAUGGGGUUACCCUGGUUUGUUGCAGCAACCGUCCUGUCAAUUACCCAUGUCAACAGCCUGAAGCUAGAGUCUGAAAGCGCUGCCCCCGGAGAGCAGCCUCGAUUUCUGGGUAUUAGAGAACAGAGACUGACUGGUUUGUUCAUUUUUCUACUCAUGGGCUGCUCUGUGUUCAUGACUGGAGCAUUACAGUUCAUUCCCAUGCCAGUUCUCUAUGGUGUUUUUCUUUAUAUGGGCGUUUCAUCUCUGAAAGGCAUUCAGUUUUUUGACCGUCUGAAGUUGUUUGGCAUGCCAGCGAAGCACCAACCAGACUUUAUUUAUCUACGUCAUGUUCCUCUGAGGAAGGUUCACCUGUUCACUCUGACCCAGCUUACCUGCCUUGUGUUGCUCUGGGUCACCAAAACUUCCCCUGCUGCAAUCAUCUUCCCUAUGAUGGUGCUGGCAUUAGUGUUAAUCCGUAAGCUGCUGGACUUCUGUUUUUCCAAACGGGAGCUUGGCUACCUUGAUGAUCUGAUGCCUGAGAAUAAGAAGAAGAAGCUGGAUGAUGAUUCCAAAAAGGCAGAGGAGCAGGAAUCACAGGAGAUGCUGGUUGAUGACUCUGAGAAAUUAGAAGACAAAAACACAGUGAAGAUCCCCAUGGAGAGCAAACCUCUACACUCACCUCGAACCCCAGACCCCAGGACUGAUCCCUCUGAUAUUAACAUAUCUGAUGAAAUGUCUAAAACUACUGUAUGGAAAUCCCUCAAUUCCAAUCACAAGGACACACAACGCUCAAACACAAAUAAAAAGGAGGUUCCGUGAAGUAACCCCACAGAAAGAAGAAAUUACGUUCUUAGCGUCGGUUGUUUGAAAUUCAGCUGACUUAAAAAAGCAGCCAUGUGCUAAAAACACACAGAUAUUAGUUCACUCCUUUCCACUGUUUUUCACACACAUGCGUUCACACAUGUGGGUUUAUGUAUAGCUGUGUGAGAUAUAUUGGUGUGUCAGUGUGUGUGUGAAUAUGUGCAACAUUUUCUCCUACCAAAUCCAGGUUAUUUUUAAUGUUUAGUUGAGUUUUAGCAGACAUCUGUGCUGUGCUGUAGUGUACAUGUAUUUAUUUUUUAAUUUUUUUUUGUUAAUUGUCUGGUUCUCAUUUAUAGAAUAAUACAGUUGUUUAAAUGUUCUUAUUUUAGCUAUAUACUUGCUGUAGAUAUUACUAUAUAUGUGUGGUUGGUUCAUUGUCAAAGAUCCACGAUAAGUACGUGUGUUUAAGCCAAAUUGCCAAUCAGAAUAAUAACCUCAGUUUGAACUAUUUUUGUGCCAGUAUAAAUAGCCAUCAGUUACAUUAGACCAACCAUGAACCAAAUCGGUCCUUUUCCAGUAGACGGACUUGUCUAUUUUUAUUGCAUGUGUUGUAUUGAAACUUGUUAAUAUUAAGCAAUAAAAGGCUUCUAUAUGGUUAGGUCACCAGGGACACUGAUGGAUAAGUAUGAACUCUGUCGUGAUUGUUUUUACCACCAUUUUAAUGUCACCCCUCCCCUACUUGUAAGAACAGAGUGGUUGAAAUUUCCAUUUAGAUGCACCAUUCAAAUUUAAGGCACAAGGGUUGAGGGUAAACUGGACUGUUCAGGUUUUCAUAUGAAGACCCUUUCUGGUCACGAGUCCAAGUAAUAAGCCAUCUCCUCUAGACUACCUCCCCACACUUUUAAAACUCCCACAGUAGUUUCUGCACUGAAAGAGGUAAAAAUAUGGUUGUUUUUAACCUCAGUGAAAUAACACUUUAUUUACAGUUGCACUUUGUGUAGAUAUAUACUAAUAUGAUUUUAUAUUUUGAAGGGAAUUAAUAUAUA